AUGACUUCUGAGCCUCCAGUCUCACCUCGUAUAAUUAUUAUGCCCGUUGAUGACAGUCCUCACUGUGAACGAGCCUUCAAUUGGUACCUCAAGCGAGCACACAGACCUGAAGACAAACUCAUCCUCGUUCACGUCAUCCAACCGCGCUACGUCUCUCCCCCCGGUGGAAUUGUCAUUGAACACGCCGUUACAAACAAAUCCUCGUCCACGAACGAAAGAAUAGAAGUGGGGAAACAAGUACUAGACAAGUAUGCACAGAAGUGCAAGAAAGCAAACUUCAUUUACGAAACCACAUUGAAAGCAGAUGCGGAUCCAGGCAAAGCAAUAAUUCAAGUUGGAGAUGAUUACUUCGCCAACCUCAUUGUGAUCGCCUCCAGGGGAAUGAGUAAGGCGAGGAGGACCAUCUUGGGUAGCGCCAGCCACUAUGUUGUUUAUCAUUCCGGCAUACCUGUUCUAGUAGUGCCCCCCGCGAAGAGAAGUUCCGCCUCAUUUGAGGCAGAAGUAGAGCAAGCAAAAAAAGACUAA